UACUACUCUUGAAGAGAACAUUGUCUUUCCAAGAGAACUGUCAUCACUGGCAACUAAAGACAUACGAUCGAGACCAAAACGUUAACUGCUUAGUCAUUGCUCAAGGCAACAGUCGUUUAAUCAAGCAAGGGCUUACGUCUGAAGUACAAAUCUUCUGGAUUUUACAGGCACUGUUAAAGAUGGAGAAUUCUACAGCAGGAACCACGGAAGACCCCAGAAUCUCGUUAAACUGUACUCGCUCUGGAAUGCAUAAUUACAUCUUUACUAUGAUCCCAAUUGUUUAUAGUUUCAUAUUUGUUGUUGGUGUUUUGGGGAACAGCAUGGUGGUGGCUGUAAUUUACUCCUACGUGAAAAUAAAAACAGUUGCUAAUGUCUUCAUGCUGAACCUGGCACUGGCUGACCUCACCUUUCUGAUUACCUUACCCCUGUGGGCUGCUUACACAGCACUGGGCUAUAACUGGCAUUUUGGAGGAUUCCUAUGCAAACUGAGCACCGGUUUGGUAACCUUCAAUCUAUAUGCCACGAUAUUCCUUCUAACCUGCCUCAGCAUUGACCGUUACCUGGCCAUAGUCCAUCCAGUGAGGUCACGCCCAAGACGUACAUUGGUCUAUUCCCGCAUCACCUGCAUCAUCAUCUGGGUCUUUGCUUUUGUACUGAGUGUGCCUACAAUGUGUUUCCGUGACGUCAUCUUAAUCACCAACCCUAACAUAUCUGUGUGUGCUUUUUUAUACAAGGAUGCCAGCUUGAAUAGAGUUCUGGUCGGGAUGGGCUUCGUGAAAAGCAUUUUGGGUUUUCUCAUUCCUUUUGUGAUCAUUAUCACCUGCUACUGUCUGAUUGGCAAGACCUUGCUGGGUGCCUACCAGGUCCAAAAAGGCAAGGCCCGAAAUGACGAAGUUCUGAAAAUGCUUGCAGCAGUUGUGGCUUCCUUUUUCAUUUGCUGGGUUCCGCAUCAAAUAUUUCACUUUAUGGACAUACUUGUUCAUUUGAAAGUAAUAAAGGCCUGUAAGUUAAUCGACAUUGUUGAUACAGCUUUGCCUUUUACAAUCUGCAUAGCGUAUUUUAACAGCUGUCUGAACCCCAUCUUUUACGGGUUUGUGAAAAAACAUUUUAGGAGGAAAUUAUUAAGGCUCCUAAAAUGCACCUCCCCUUUAAAGGCCCAUCCAAGUCUUUCUACCAAAAUGAGUUCCCUUUCAUAUCGGGGAUCAGAAACUUUGCAUUUAACAGCUAACAAGUCCAUUACCUUGUGUUAUGUUAAAUAAACACACAAACAUAGCAAAUGCUACUGCACUAAAAAAAAAAAAACAACAUCAUCAUAUUCUGUGCCAUUUAUAAAAGAUGGUUUUCUUUAAACAACAUAAUCUUAAAAUAACAUAUGUUAUUUUACAAUCUAUUCAUAAAAAUCCCUUAAAUUUUAGAUGAUGUUAAUCCAUCUUAAACCAUAUCAGUCAAUGUAGACAACUAAAAUGGUCUAAAACUACUAAGACCGUCUUAAGUACAGUAUUUUGCUUAGGCCAUCUUACGUUUUAUGAUUAAGCUAUUAAGUCCACACUAUCUUAAAAUGAUAAAGGCCAUUGUGAAUGUUAGCUAAGCAGCUAAAUAAACUACCUUUUAUUCAGUUGUGCAGGAGAUACUUCUAGUAUGUUGCUUAUGUUUGAGCAUAUAGCUACAUGACCAAAAGUUUUUCCAUCACCCUAUAGAAGUAACACAUUUUGCUUCAUAGGGUCGAAUGAAACCUGCUGAAUAAUGUUACGUUAACAUAUUGAAUUACAAACUUUGUAGUUUUCCGUAUACUUGAAAGACAUUUCGAAAUCCAACAUGAAAUACUGUACUACUAUUAUGGCUUCCUGUAGACUUUUGCAAUAUCAUUUUGUAGUGUCUUUGGUUACAUAAAGAUAAAUAAGAACGUUUGGCAAUAACUGUAGUAUCAUGCAGUACAGGGUGAGUUGAAAAAAAUGAUCACUAAUAAACAGGUAUCAACCAUUAUUUUUUUGUUUUGCACCACUCUCCUCGAAUGAGGCUUUAUAGUACAUAUAAUACAGUAGAUGAGAUUCUGGAUUCUCAGCUGGUCAUUCUUUGCAGACAUAAACAAUUGUUACUGAGUCCUCCUCCUGAAACACCUCUAAACCCUUUACACUGGAAAACAAAAAGAUCAAUCUCAAGUACAGUACUUUACUGCUGAACAGACAUGGUUUCAAAUGAAAUGCGAUUUAAACUCUCUGCACUUCGCAUAAUAUUGUAGUGUACUAACUAAUGAUUAUUGGUUUAUUGUAUGUGUAUAAAUAUAUUGAUUGCCACUUCAUAUACAAUAUAUGAUUAUUAUUCUAAAUUCCCCAAAAGCAGCUAGGCUUGUUAGCGAUAUUGCUAAUGAAGAAGUAAUGAGGGAAAUCGUUACAGCUAACAGUAAUACAAUUCAGGGAUGCUAAACAACUGCUUUGUCAAAACCAGGCCUUCACUGGGCCACAGAAUGCUAUUAGGUACCACAGUCCAAACUGGGCUUUUAUUGGGGAAGGGUUAUUAUUACAAACAUUACGGUACUGUAUUGGGGGAAAAUGUGGUUAGAACCAGAAUGCCAAAACAGACUUUUAGAAUGUAUCAUGUUUUGUAAAUAGAUAAUAUAUUGUAUGCACAGCACUGUGUUGUACUGUUAAUAAAAUGUAUUUGUUUUAAGGAUGGUUGUAAAUUAAACGGGCAGAAUUAUUUGGUUAAACUAAAAAUCUAGGUCAGUGCAAGAACCUGCAGUCAUUAAUCCCAGCUGUGUGGUUUGAAAUGUAAGCAUAUGUAUAUUGUUAGCAGGGUGAUACAAAGAAAACCUGACCUGCUGUCCCUACAUACAGCAUAUUGGGAUUCAGAUACUGGGCUGUAAGCAGCAUCAUCAUUAUGUUUUAGUAUUGGCUGAAAACAUUUUUCACAAUCAGUGGAAAACAGGCCAAGGUCAAGCAAGACCACAAUAAAUGUUAUUUAAUGUCAGUUAUUGAAGCAGGCAGAGCCCCACUAAACAUCGCUGUUGAAGUGUUCCAUAAACACACUGAUUAAUCUCACACGUGUGUCAGCUAUCAGCCAGGACAGCCUGGCUGUGUGCUCCGCCACCUUUGAUGAUCUUUUUACUGUAAUGAAUGUUCUCUCUUUGUUGCUUCUAUAUUUAUUGUGUAUGUCAAUAAAGCAUUACAA